AUGAAAACAAUUGGAUCACAUUUUGGUGCUGGUGAUGAUAUAAAAAUGAGCAAUCACUCUUCUAUAGGUCCUCCUUUGACUGCCAUUGAUAGAUUCUUAUGGGGUCAACGCAACCAUAUCCCUCAAAAUAUUGAUGAUGAAAAUUGUUAUGGCUUUGGUGCUUCAACCUAUAGUUACAUGUGGCCUAAUAAUAAUAUCAUAACUCAAGAAGCUAGCUUUGUUGAUCAUCUAAUGGAAGAUGAAGAGGUGAUGAAUUGGACAGAAGAAAUUCCUUUAAUGUAUGUGGAGAAAGAAGAUGUGAUCAAUGGAUUAGGAAAGAGUGUAGCAAAAGUGGUGAAAAAGAGACAUAAGAAAGUUUCUUCUCUUCCUUUGAUCAAAGGAAAGUGGAGUGAUGAAGAAGACAGGAAAUUGUUGAAGUUUGUGAAAUUAUAUGGAGUAAGAAAAUGGUCUCAAAUAGCUGAGAAAUUGGAAGGAAGAGUUGGAAAGCAGUGUAGAGAAAGAUGGCAAAAUCAUCUUAAGCCUGAUAUUAAAAAAGAUAGUUGGAGCGAGGAAGAAGAGAAGAUACUAGUAGAGAGUCAUAGCAAGAUGGGAAGCCGAUGGGCUGAGAUAGCGAAGAAAAUUCCAGGAAGAACAGAUAAUGCAAUUAAGAAUCAUUGGAAUGCAACUAAAAGACGACAAAAUUCAAAGAGAAAUAACAAAAGGCCUCAAAUCAAAGAUGGUAAACCACAAUCUUCUAUUCUUCAAGACUAUAUCAAAAAUUUGACUCAAAAACCAUCCACUUCAGCAAUAUUUGAGGACCCUUCCGUAGACCAUGAAAAUUUAUCGUCACCACUUAUUGCUGAAUGUUAUGAUGAUGAACUACUCUUCAUGCAACAACUUUUUAAGGUGAAUAAUAAUUAUGAACAUGAAAGAACCAAAAAAGGUACUUACACGCUUAUCAAAGAAAUUCAAGCCUUCCAAAAUUACUUUGAAACUGCCUAUAGGCUUGUUGAUCUAAGUCGAACCAUUCGUGAAGCAGCUGUCACGCUCAAAGAAAAUUUUUCAAAGAAAAUGGAAACUCUAAAAAUCCUUUCGUACGUUCCUCAUGAGAAAUGCUACGAAAUGGCUUUCGAAUUAUUUCCCCCAAAAUUUCCUCCACUGCCUAAUGUCGACUUUGGAGUGGCCCUUGCCCCUCCAUUUCCAGACUAG